AUGGAACCAUUUGUUAAUAUAUUUUUUGCGAUAGAUGAGCAACAAAAUGAGACAAUUACAAGAGAUGAAUUGAGACGUUAUGUAAAGCACAAUCAUUUAGAUGAAGGGAUGAUAACGAGAUGGCAAGCAUUAUUUGAUCCAACAAAUACUGGUAUUAUAACAUUUCAAAAAUUUUGUGAUGUCCUCGGUGUAAAACCGGAACAAGCACGUACUCUUCGGAAGAGUGUUGUCAAUAACCGACCACUGCCGAAAGAUUUACAAAUAAUCUCCCAAAAUAUGUCACCAGAAGAUCAAUUCCAAAUAUUUGAAUUUGUUCGAUCACUGUUAGAUAAAAAUUUAUCAGGUCAAGAUAUGACACAAAUGAUAAAACAAUGGCUUGAUAAGACAUUCGACCCUUCAUGGCAUGUUGUUAUAAUCGAUGGUUCAUAUUGGAUAUCGUAUUCACAUUUACCUGAACAAUCUCUACAAUUUCGAUUGAAAGAAAAGUGUUAUUUAGUUUGGCGCACACCUAAAUAUUGA